AGAACGCGAAUUGUCCAACGAUCCGUUAGGAUCUGCGUUGUGGAGAGGGCGGGGGAAGGAAGCAAGUUAUUUGUCCCUGAUCGGCUUGUUGAGAGACCGAGGACUCGGCACGGUCUAGAACCGGGAAGACGCAUCUCCAUCGCUCGGAUUUGUGUUCACAUAGCGGCACACGGGAGAAAGAUCCGUCGGAUUGGUCUCACCGAAAGCUUGUGAAAUACUGUAGCCUACAGAUAGCCGUGCCUGUCGCGGUGCUCAAGUGUUUGGGAAUGUCUGGUUUGACAGCCAGGGAAGGUUUGGAAAAAUAUUUAUAACAAAGGAUCAACAGAGUACAAGGUUAGAUUUUGUCCUUCAUUUUCUCUAACCCAUCUCUCCUAAUCAUCAUCUCAUUUUGCCAUGACUGCUCUCAUUUGAAAGUGACCGAUCUGCGCCUCUUUUUUUUUACGAAGAAAAUAAAUAGUCGCUCAAGAAUCUUGACAACAUGCGUACGUACUUUGGAAUAGACUGCCGAUUGGAAAACUUGGCUUUUUCGUGAAGGGGAUAUUAUCUUAUAUGUGUUCCGUCUUUUAUUCUUUAAGAGGGGAUACAGGUUACUUCCUUUACAUGUACAUCGGCGUUGUGAUGGUGCGAUUGAUCACAACUGACAGUGGAAUCUAAUAAUUUGGAAACUGCUACCACGGGUCUGGACUGGUGAAAAUGAAAUCUCCCAUCCCUCUCCAGAUCUUGCUGUACGCCACUGUCGUCCGAUGUUUGAAAGUGGUAUCUAAGAGGGGCUCAGUGGACGGCUGCACGGAUUGGUCGGUGGAUCUCCUGAAAUACAAAGUGCUUUUAGGGGAACCUGUAAGGAUUAAGUGUGCUUUGUUCUAUGGAUAUAUCAGAGCGAACUACAGCCAUGCACAGAGCGUGGGCCUCAGCCUCAUGUGGUACAAAAGUACAGGACACGGCGACUUUGAGGAACCAAUCAGCUUUGACGGCGCGCGAAUGAGCAAGGAGGAGGACGCGAUAUGGUUCAGACCGACGGAAAUUCAGGACGGAGGACACUACUCCUGCGUGUUGAGGAAUUCAACAUAUUGCAUUAAAGUGUCCAUGUCAUUGACUGUGGCGGAGAACGACACUGACCUCUGCUACAACUCCAAGAUGCGGUACUUUGAGAAGGCGGAACUAAGCAAAAGCAAAGAGAUGACCUGCCCAGACAUUGGGGAUUAUAUGCAACCAGGAAAGGAACUGGACAUUUUGUGGUACAAGGAAUGUAAGCCCAAGCAAUGGAGACAAAGCAUCGCGAGGAGGAGAGAUACUCUGUCGAUGAAGGAAGUGCGUGAAGAUGACAUUGGAAAUUACACAUGUGAAUUACAGUUUGGAAGUUUUCUGGUGAGGAGGACCACCGAGCUAUCAGUCACGGCCCCAUUGACAGACAAGCCUCCAAAGAUUCUCUAUCCAUCGGAGGACAAAAUGAGCACCAUGGAGAUGACAAUAGGAAGUCCAGUCAACCUGACGUGCCGGGCGUUCUUCGGCUACAGCGGCGACGCCAGCCCGCUCAUCUACUGGAUGAAGGGAGAGAAGUUCAUCGAGGAUCUGGACGAGGAGAGGGUCCAGGAGAGCGAGAUCAAGACUAUCCGGGAGCACUUGGGGGAGCAGGAGGUGUCCGUGUCGCUGACGGUGGAGGCGGUGGAGGACGGAGACUUGGGGAACUACUCCUGCUACGUGGAGAACGGGAACGGCAGACGGCAGGCCAACAUCCAGCUGAUCAAGCGAGCAGAGCUCAUGUACACGGUGGAGCUGGCAGGGGGGCUGGGGGCCAUCUUGUUCCUGCUGCUGUGCCUGGUCACCCUGUACAAGUGCUACAAGAUUGAGCUCAUGCUGUUCUACAGGAGCCACUUCGGCAGCGAGGACCUGGACGGAGAGAACAAGGACUACGAUGCCUACCUGUCGUACACCAAGGUGGACCCGGACCAGUGGAGUCAGGAGACUGGAGAAGAGGAACGCUUCGCUCUUGAGUUCCUGCCCGACGUUCUGGAGAAGCACUAUGGGUAUAAACUCUUCAUUCCAGACAGGGACUUGAUCCCCACAGGAAGUUUCACCAAUGAUCAUUUCCAAGAUGAUACAAGACUUCUUAGAGCCUACAUCGAGGACGUGGCCCGCUGCGUGGACCAGAGCAAGCGCCUCAUCAUCGUCAUGACGCCCAACUACGUGGUGCGUCGCGGCUGGAGCAUCUUCGAGCUGGAGACGCGCCUGCGGAACAUGCUGGUCACCGGGGAGAUCAAGGUCAUCCUGAUCGAGUGCGCCGAACUGCGCGGCAUCAUGAACUACCAGGAAGUGGAGGCGCUCAAACACACCAUCAAGACCCUGACCGUCAUCAAGUGGCGCGGGCCCAAGUCCAACAAGCUCAGCUCCAAGUUCUGGAAGCAGCUGCAGUACGAGAUGCCCUUCAAGCGUAUGGAGCCCAUCAUCUCCCACGAGCAGGUCCUGGACGUCAGCGAGCAGGGCCCCUUCGGCGAGCUCCAGACCGUCUCUGCCAUCUCCAUGGCAGCCGCCACCUCAACCGCCAUGGCGACGGCGCACCCAGACCUGCGCUCCACCUUCCACAACUCCUACCACACUCAGAUGAGACAGAAACAUUACUACCGUAGCUACGAGUACGACAUCCCGGCCUCCAGCACGCUGCCCCCGCUCGCCACCCUGGGCAACCAGCACACGUACUGCAACAUCCCCAUGACCCUCAUCAACGGGCAGCGGCCACAAGCGGUCGCCAAAUCGCCUCGAGAGCAGAGCAUUGAGGAGGCGCACGCCAACAACGCCAUGCUGCCCCUGCUGCCCAGGGAGACCAGCAUCUCCAGCGUUAUCUGGUGACAAAGCCGACGCAGGGAUAGGCUCAGUCUCACACAGCGGGCAGCUCACCCAUGGGUAAUAGCUCUGCCAGCUUAGGCAGGUGAACCGUGAGGGCACUAAACGCUGAUGAUGAUUUUUGCACCAGGACACCACAGGACAAGUCACUUGGGUGGAUGUGUGUUUUUUUUUUUGAAGGAGAACUGUUGUUUGAAAACAAGAGAACAGCGAAGAACUUGAUAGGCUUGGUGAAAAUGCCUGUAUAAAGAUUCACAGAAACACGUACGUUCACAUUCACAGAAACUGGAGGUAAACAGGGUCUUGUACAUAUGCUUUCUAUUUCUUUGUAGCAUCAUGUUUGUUUUGGGUUGGUUUUGUUUUUUGUUUCGAUUGAAGACGUUUUUAAUCAUCCGAUCUUUGGAGUCGGUUUUGACUUCCUGUUUUUUGUCAACUGGUUUGUUUGUACUCGAGUUUGAAAGUGAUUCGCUGGUCCGUGAGGUUUAUUGGCUGAACUAUUGUAACUUUUAUCGCGACUCGUUGACAGGUGUACUUUAACACGCUUUUUGUUUGUUGGUUUUAGUGUCGUAGUUUUUGCGGCAUUAGAGGAAAAGGUGAGGGGUGGUCCAGUACGAUGUCAUUUGUGUCGGACCUGCGGAAAGGUCAUCUGGAUGGGAACGUUUUCUAGGGGCACUUCAAACACAACUAGAUUAUGCAAACAGGAGGUCGGAGAGGUCUAACAGGACGACCACACACACGAGGCUGGUGCUAGACUUCUCACAGUCAUCCACCAAGUGUGACCACUCACAACUUAGCAAUGUUUCCAUUUUACCAUCAUUUUUCUUUUGAAACACAUUUUUUGUUAUAGCUUAACAGAUCGAUAUAUCACCUAAAGAAAAAAAAUCUAUGACGUGUAUUAUUUUAUGAGGAGGUAUAUUUUUGUAACAAAAAGAUAUUUGCUUGGGAAUACAUAUGUUUCACAUUUCAUUCCACUAAUGAAAGAAUAAGAGAAUGAGUGUAUUCUCUUCACUGUUCUGCUAUGUUGUUCUAUAUAGAGGUACUAUGUGGAAUUGCAUCGCCAACCGAGUAUCUCACUCAUGUCUUAUCUGAGUCUAAAGAUAAAAAUAUAUAAAUGAGUUGAUGUCUUUAUCCGAGUUCUAAUCAUUGCCAAGUGGGGUAAAUGUAUUUUUGUGUUUAAGAGACGUUACACACAAACAAGUGUACAUUGUGACUCUUGUAUGACGCCAAUGAUAUUAAUGUACUUCACUCAUCAGAAUAGGAAUUACUGAAAAUGUCAUUGUAGUGCCUCACUGUUUCAAAGGAUGACCCCUUUAAAGUUACUGUUUUUAAAAGGGGUUGAGUGGACAGACCCUUUUUUCAAAGAGAUUUAAACAGCUAUUUAAAUCACUUAAUAUAAUAAUAUAAUCAAUCAUUGAUACACACAUGUGUGUGUAUAUGUGUGUAUCACUCCAUACGCAACAGGGGUAGUUUACAUGGUAUAUUUCUGUCAAAAAUGUCAUUUAAAACCUUGCAAGUAUGGUCAGUCCCAGACGCAUUAAGAAAAAAAAAUCCUACAUCAUUUUAAUUUAAUUUUCAAGCCAGUGAGACCAAAGCUGAUGUCCUAAGAAAGAAAGAAAAAACACAUUCUGUGAAUUCCUGAGACAGGUUUAGAAUUCACGCGGGUGCUCCUGCACCAUGUGCAUUACACAGGUAAGCAGACAGGAGGAGGGUGCACUCAUCCACCACACUAUCACCUCAUUUCCUCCUGAAACUGAUCCUGCUCAAAAUGCUACCAACGUCUUGUGAGGAAAAGUGCGGAACUCUUUAUUUUUGUUUUUUCAUUCUUUGUAGUGCCACAAAUUAUGCAAAAACGAUUAACUCUAUAUACAAUAAUAACACAUUCAAGGUUUUUGUAUAUCCCCCUUGUCUCCCCCCCCCCCCCCACCCAAAAAAAAAAAAGGUUUUAAAUGUUUUAAGGAUUUACAUUUCUACGAGGGUUGGUCUUUUCUCGAGUGUGUGGGUGUGGGCUGGAUGAUGAGGAGUCCCUGUCUGACUCACCCCAGACCCCACAGCAACAACAAAAGAUAACAACAAAAAAUAGUUUGAUACAUUUGAAAGAAUGAAACAGAUGUGGUGUCAAUUUGAAAGAUGUUCUUGUACUCUGACAUUGUGUAUAUAGAAUCAAAAAGGUAAUAAGAUGAAGACAAUCUAGCCACAUUCAAAAAAAACUGUUUGCAUUUUCUGAGUGGGUGAAUCUUUUUGUUUAAUGAACAUUUCUGACAAUGAUGAUAAUGCUAUUAAUGAUGAGGAUGAUAAUGACGAUAAUAACAAUAAUAAUAAUAUAUAGCACAGAAUUAUUCCAGGCACUUUCACUCUACUGAGACGAGAUUAUGGUUCUCUUCUGUUUCGGAUUCAUUUUUUUAAUUAUGUAC